CUCGCUUCAUAGUAGCGACUUUAGUUCCAGGUGAGACAGUCGAAAGCGCAUUCCAGAAGCUGAUCCGGUGAUCGCCGGCCGAGUUCUUCACCGGCGAACAGCGUCGUUGAUACCCUGCACACUGCAAAUUCGAUAACCAUUUCUCCACAAUUCAUCUCCUCUCGUUUCCCUAAAACCCCCAAAUUUUUCCGAUGGCUGUAAAACCCAAGUCUCGGGCGAUUAUCGAACCCCUCGCCGAGUCCGCCAUCGACUCCGGCAACUCUCCGAUCAAAUCCGUUGCCGUAUCAAAGCAAGCCGAUGACCAAUACCUAAUCUACAUCGCCGUUCUCUCCGGCGUUCUGUCACUGUAUUCCAUCCGUGUGCCCGGAAAUGCCCCUCCCGAAAUUGCCUUCGUCAGACGACUCACCGUGCCCGGCGGCGGCUCACCUAGUCCAGUCGUCCCUCUUUCCGGCCUAGGGAAAGUUCUCAUCCUCGCCGGUGGAUAUCUGUAUUUGCUUGACUCGAGUUUACUUGGACCAGCUAAACGAAUGGGUCUCUUCAAAGGCGUGACUGCACUAUCUCGUAAGCUUGGGAGCCAGAGAUGGAGCUCCAGCAUUCACACUGACGGAGGUACGGAGUCUAAUUAUGUGUAUAGUAAUGGCAAUAGUACUGAUAGCAGCAAUUUUUUCGUGAUUGGGAUCGGGAAAAAGCUGGUAAUAGCGGAUUUGAUUCCGAAUGGGUCUUUCGUGAUUCAAAAAGAGAUUCAAGGGCUUGUUGAUGGGAUUAUCGUGAGUUUACUGUGGGUUGAUGAUAGUGUAUUUGUUGGUACCAAGACGGGGUAUUAUCUGUAUAACUGUGUGGACGGACGAUGUGGGAUGUUAUUCUCUCUUCCGGAUUCUUCAGUCGUGCCUCGAAUGAAGUUGUUAGUCCGAGAGUCGAGGGUUCUGUUAAUGGUCGAUAAUGUGGGUAUUAUUGUGGACAUGGAGGGGCAGCCGGUUGGAGGGAGUUUGGUGUUCGGGGAGGCUCCGGAUUCAUUUGGGGAAAUAGGAACUUAUGUAGUUGCCAUUCGGAACUCAGUGGUGGAAUUGUAUCACACGAGAACAGGCUUCUGUUCACAGAGGUUUAUGGUGGGGGAUGGUGGCGGGGGAUCAUGUGUUCUGGCGGAUGAGGAUAAUGAGAGUGGGAAGCUUGUUGUUGUUGCAACUAGCUUAAAGCUUGUUUGUUACGGAAAAAUUUCUGGAGAAGCACAAAUCAAGGAUCUUCUUCGAAAAAAGAGCUUCAAGGAAGCUGUAUCUUUGUUGGAAGAGCUUCAGAAUGAAGGCGAAAUGACAAAGGAGACACUAUCUUUCAUCCACGCGCAGGUUGGAUACGCCUUGCUUUUCGACUUGCAUUUCAAGGAAGCAGUAGAUCAUUUCUUGGUAGCAGAAAACAUGCAGCCUUCCGAACUUUUUCCUUUCAUCAUGCGAGACCCAAAUCGCUGGACACUGCUGGUUCCGAGGAACCGAUACUGGGGCUUGCAUCCUCCACCAAAACCUCUUGAAAGCGUUAUAGAUGAUGGCUUGUCAGCUAUUCAAAAAGCCGUUUUUCUUAAGAAGGCAGGAUUAGAGACUGCUGUCGAUGAUGAGUUUCUGCGUAAUCCACCUAGUAAAGCAGAUCUGUUAGAGUCUGCCAUUAAAAACAUGAUAAGGUAUCUGGAAGCUUGUCAUGGAAGAGACCUUGCCACGUCAGUGAGAGAGGGAGUUGAUACGCUUCUGAUGUACCUGUAUAGAGCUGUUAAUUGUGUUGAAGACAUGGAAAAAUUUGCAUCUUCUGAGAAUAGCUGUGUAGUGGAGGAGCUAGAAGCAUUACUCAGUGAGUCUGGGCAUUUACGCACUCUUGCUUUCUUGUAUGCUGGUAAGGGGAUGAGUGCUAAGGCUCUUUCUACUUGGCGUAUGUUGGCAAGAAAUUAUUCAACAAGCGGCUAUAAUAAAGAUCAACAUGAUGAAACUGAUUUACAUGAUCCAUCUAGAAAGUUCACCUUAGGUAGGGAGACUGCUGCAAUAGAGGCGACUAAGCUUCUCGAGGAGUCCUGUGAUCAAGAUUUGAUACUCCAGCACCUUCGCUGGAUUGCAGAUAUCAACCAGUUUUUGACAGAUGAAGUGAUUGCUGCAAUUGAUCCCAAAAAAGUGGAAAUCCUUCAAAGAUAUCUCCAGUGGUUGAUUGAAGACCAAGACUCUGAUGACUCACAGUUCCAUACCGCUUAUGCCCUUUUGCUCGCCAAGUCGGCACUAGAAACUUAUGAAGCGGAGCUUUCAUUACUAGAAUCUGUCGGACUGCCUGAAAAUGAGAAGAAAAUUUCUCAGCUUGAAAGGAGCUCGAUUUUUGAUAACCCUGUUAGGGAUAGACUGCAGAUUUUCUUGCAGUCAUCAGAUUUAUAUGAUGCUGAAGAAGUUCUUGAUACGAUUGAAGGAUCCGAGCUAUGGCUAGAAAAGGCUAUUCUUUAUAGGAGGCUUGGACAAGAGGCACUAGUACUAAAUAUUUUGGCCUUGAAAUUGGAGGAUUAUGAAGCUGCGGAACAAUAUUGUGUGGAGAUCGGAAGACCAGAUGCUUAUAUGCAAUUACUUGAGAUAUAUUUGGACCCUAAGGAUGGCAGAGGGCCCAUGUUUAAAGCUGCUGUUCGUCUUAUCCACAAUCACGGUGAAAUGCUCGAUCCAUUACGAGUCUUGGAGAAAUUAUCCCCAGAAAUGCCCCUCCAACUGGCAUCUGACACAAUAUUAAGGCUUUUAAGAGCCCGGUAUCAUCACCAUCGUCAAGGAGAGAUUGUGCGUAAUUUGUCACAUGCAUUAGAAGUUGAUGCAAGAUUGUCGAGACUUGAAGAGAGGUCCCGAAAUGUGCAGAUUAACGACGAUAGCACGUGUGAUUCUUGCCACGCACGUCUCAGUACCAAACUAUUUGCAAUGUAUCCAGACGACUCAGUUGUUUGUUACAAGUGUUACCGCCGUCAAGGUGAGUCCACUUCCACCAGCGGCCGAGAUUUCAAAAAAGAGGUUAUAAUUAAACCCGGUUGGCUGGUUACUCAAUGACAAAAAACGAAACAUUUGAUCAAUGGCAAGCCCCUGAGACUCGGCAGAUAUGCGUAAUCUAAUCCAAUUCGCUUCAGUAUUUGGAUGGUUGAGAUUGGCUCGUUAGAUUUACUUGUCGACUUAGUUGAAGCUGGUCACCGAAGUCGGAGACUAGAUACUGACCUGGCAUUUGUUAUGGAGAAAGAGAGAGAACCAUAUUGAAAUAUAUUGUGACAAUUAGAAGAACAAGCAGCUUAGAUGGUUCAUUUGAGGGAGGAGAAGAAUGAUACUGCUGAUCGUUUGUUGUAAAAUGAUCUAAACUAUGCACUUGCUGAACUACAUUAUUAUUAUUNUAAUAAUAAU